AUGGGCACUGAGAUAAGCAUGACGGCAUGCGGCUUCGCACGGAUGGUCGUUCUCUUCACUGCCCUGCUGCAAUGUCUUUCAGGUUCAUCACAUCUCUUCGCAUUUGGUAAGGUGUACCCAACUGCCUAUGUCAAGGAGUAUAUUCUUUUCCCCAACCGAAAGUUUUGGCAUGGAGGUGAUUACCUUGUAGACUACAGUAACUCAGUGCAUAUCUGCCGUGAAGCCGGCGGGACGCUGGCCACUGACCACUCGCAGGCAACUAACGAACGCCUCACUGCCUACCACUUGGGUGUAGCUGAUGGCCCAUUUAUCUACAGUUACCUUGGAGGGGAUGCCACUUACAGUGCAAGUGCGGCACAGGACGCGGGAAUUCGUUGCACAGCAGGAGACUACGAUACUUCCCUUAAUUGCGUCUACCGAUGGAACAGUGGUCUGUUUGAAGCAUCGGGAAUAGAGGGCAACGGCGUUGCAUUCUGGCGGGGAUCGUACACUUAUAAAAGUGGUUCAGGCGCAUUGGGUGGUUAUCCGUCGUUUUUUGCGCAAAGUUAUCCUCAGGAUGGCCAAUUGCACGUGAUGGGUUGGUACACUAACGUGACGAAGUGGUUCGGUUGGUUUGAUGGCGGCGAAGUUUCUGGCAACAAGCCCGGGGGUAAGGCACCUGGAUACAAGUCACUAACUUAUUUCGCUGCCCUCUGCGAAGUUACAGUUCCACAGCCAUCGCAUCCCGUUCCAGGUAAUGGAAACUCCACUGCCAAUGAGGAGCUAGCAGUAAUCAACGAAAGUUUGCAUUCAGAUGAGGAGUCUACAAAUUCUCAAGAUCAACCUUCGGCAACUCCCAAACCAAAAGGAGAGGCGGAGACGACAUUGACUUCCUUGUCGCACAUUACGAUCUGUGUAGGUGGUGAAUUGUGUCUACUCAUCGUCUUUUUUUCCCUCGCAAUUGUGUGCUGA